UAAAGAAAUGGGAAGGAGAUUUCUGUGAGCACAAGAGAGCCAGGGAAUUGGUAUUCAACCCUCACAAGAAGGACCAGGUGUCUGUCCGGGAGCAUAUCUCGAUAUGGAGGAUGUCAGAAUUUCACUCGGUGACCUGGAGAAGGGCUUGGAGAACACGGCUUUCGACUCCAUGGAAGAAGAGGGACUCCCUGAGGGAGCACAGAAUCCACCUCCUGAGAACAGAGAGCAGAGGGCCGAACGCCCCACCUUCUGGAGGCGUGCAGCACGGCCCGUGUCGUGGGCCAGAAGGGUGUGUAAGGCUCACAGCAAGGUGCUCCGGAAGGUUUUCCUGGGCCUCUUGUGUGCAGCUUACUUGGCCUAUUUCAUCACGGCCUGUUGGCUGGACUUCCAGCGAGCCAUUGCCUUGGUCGUUAUCACUGGUCUGGUCAUCUUCUUCGUGGGCUGGGGCUUCAUUCAGAAACACUGUGGAGCCAAGCUGACGAAGCUUCUGAGCCCCUGUCGGAAAUGCUUUCUGAAGUCCUGGCCAUGGCUAAAAUGGGUGUUCUGGCUGGCCGUUCUGGUUGGUCUGGUCACAUGGCUGGUUCUGGACACCUCCAAAAGGCCAGAGCAACUGAUUUCAUUUGCUGGCCUCUGCGCAUUUGUUCUGUUCCUCUUUGCCUGCUCCAAACACCAUGCUGCAGUGCCCUGGAGAGCUGUCUUCUGGGGCCUUGGCUUGGAGUUUGUUCUUGGCAUCUUUAUAAUCAGAACGGAUCCUGGAUUCGAAGCAUUCCAGUGGCUUGGCAAUCAGAUCCAGACCUUCCUGAGUUACACCACUGCUGGCUCCAGCUUCGUCUUUGGGGACACACUGAUCAAGGAGGCCUUUGCCUUUCAGGCUUUACCAAUUGUCGUGUUCUUCAGCUGUGUGAUGUCCAUUCUCUACUACGUUGGCCUCAUGCAGUGGCUCAUCCUGAAGAUCUCCUGGCUGCUGCAAAUCACUAUGGGUACUACGCCCACUGAGACCCUCAGCGUGGCAGGAAACAUCUUUGUAGGACAGACAGAGGCCCCACUGCUGGUCCUCCCCUACCUGGCAGACAUGACGCUCUCAGAAGUUCAUGCAGUGAUGACCGGGGGCUUCGCCACCAUUGCCGGCAGCGUGAUGGGAGCCUACAUGUCCUUUGGGAUUGACCCCUCCUCGCUGAUCGCUGCCUCUGUGAUGGCUGCGCCCUGUGCUCUCGCCAUGGCCAAGCUGGUCUAUCCAGAAGUGGAAGAGUCCAAAUUCAAGAGCAAGGAAGGCGUGAAGCUCAGUAGAGGGGCUGAGCAGAAUAUCCUGGAAGCUGCCAGCAAUGGUGCCGCCGCCUCCGUGGGGCUGGUCGCUAACAUUGCAGCCAACCUGAUCGCCUUCCUGGCUGUGCUGAAGUUCAUCAAUGCUGCCCUGUCCUGGUUCGGGGAGCUGGUGAACAUCAAGGAGCUCUCGUUCCAGAUAAUCUGCUCCUACAUCCUGAUGCCUGUGGCCUUCCUCAUGGGGGCAGACUGGGCAGACUCACCUCUGGUGGCUGAGCUGCUAGGUAUCAAAAUCUUCCUGAACGAGUUUGUGGCAUAUGAGCAGCUGGCAACGUACAAGAAGAACCGGCUGUCGGGGCUGGAGGAGUGGAGUGGGGGUCGCAAGCAGUGGAUUUCGAUGCGAGCUGAAACCAUCACGACCUUUGCCCUCUGUGGAUUCGCCAAUCUCAGCUCCAUUGGGAUCAUGCUGGGAGGACUGACGUCCAUGGUUCCUCAGCGGAAGAGUGAAUUUGCUAGGAUCGUGCUGCGAGCGCUGCUCACUGGGGCCUGCGUCUCCAUGCUCAACGCUUGUGUCUCAGGCAUCCUGUACGUGCCCCGAGGGGAAGUGGCCGACUGCUCUGCAUUCCUGAGCACGGCAACCUUUAACACCACCAGCUACGACAUCUACAUGUGCUGCCGGCAGCUGUUUGCUAACACUGUGCUCAGCAACAACGGGACCCUGUCCUUCACCGGCAGCUGGGUGGGACUCGAGCUCAGCAUGGCCUCUCUGACACAGUGCUGUGGGCACUAUAACAACACAGUCUGCGCUGGGCUGCCCUAGAGGCGAUAGGCAGCCACCCAAACCAGCACUCGCCCACGGUGCCGGCUCCCAAAGCCCAGUUACAGACUGUGUGAGAGCAGGGCAUUGGCCAGGCACUGCUGGUCCAUAGCUAACCCUCUCUGGAGCACGACAGGCACAGCCCCAUCAGCCUUUCCUCCUCUACUCCCUUUGGCUGCACUGCCCAGGAGCUGGGAGAUGCUGUAUUUUGGGCUCGACGCUCUUCCUCCCUCUAGCCCCAUGAACCUCUCAGAUGACACAGGACAGACAGCAGCCAGAAGGCCCCAGAUGGGGAUUUCCUCUGCCAGUCCCCUGGAGCUGUGCCCACCAGUGCAGAUUACAGCAACCACCCUGGGGCUGGCCCCAGAACCAAGGAACACCGGAAGGCUCCUGGGUGGCUCCCCAGGCUGGGCCCUGUUGACAAUCCAGGCCUUAUCUGACCAGUCCCUGUGGUUCCGGUAUAUGCCACGGUGGUUAAUGCCCUGCAGACCCUUCCUGCUUGUGGACUGGGUCCCUUCCUGCCCAGCUGCUGGGCUGGGGGGCUUGUCCCACACACUCAAGGAGGCUUUAUGUAUGUUAAU